AUGUCGUCGAGAUCCGUUGCCGUGAACGCCGGUUCCUGGACGCCAGAUGUAGAGGUUACAACAGCAGUAGAGAAUGGCAAAAACUCCGACGACGCUCGAUCCGAGAAGGCCUCUUUCGUGACCCUACAGGAGGUACACACCCACUAUCGAGCGAGUGGCCACCAGCCACCAACUGCCUCACUCUUCAAAACGACGGCCGAGAGCAACAUAAUUGCGCCAACACCCAAGACACCGCGCCACCACCUCACCGAGCAAGAAAGUCGCCUCUGUCGCGAGGCUCUGUUAAGUGAGCGUCACAAGCGCCGCAUUCGACGGACAGAGCAGAAGAGCGGCAGCGAUGGAGCAGGGCAGACGAAGGCGAAGAAGGCGACAAGGAAGAAGGCUGCCAAGCGCACAGCGGCAGAUAUGGAGGUGGCGCAGUACAAGGGUCUGUAUAUUCCUUCAGCAAGCGCGCAGCUUGCAGACACGGCGGGCGAAAAAGAGGGCUCGACGAUUGCUGAAGUGAAGGAGACCAUGGUCCUAGAGACAACUGCGAUAGCGGUUGCGAUACACCGCGCCGCCACCCUCACCGAGCAAGAAAGUCGCCUCUGUCGCGAGGCUCUGUUAAGUGAGCGUCACGAGCGCCGCAUUCGACGGACAGAGCAGAAGAGCGGCAGCGAUGGAGCAGGGCAGACGAAGGCGAAGAAGGCGACAAGGAAGAAGGCUGCCAAGCGCACAGCGGCAGAUAUGGAGGUGGCGCAGUACAAGGGUCUGUAUAUUCCUUCAGCAAGCGCGCAGCUUGCAGACACGGCGGGCGAAAAAGAGGGCUCGACGAUUGCUGAAGUGAAGGAGACCAUGGUCCUAGAGACAACUGCGAUAGCGGUUGCGAUGUAG